AUGGCACAUCAAGCACACGCGUACCACAUAGUUGACCCAAGCCCUUGGCCCCUGACAGGUGCAAUCGCCGCCCUACUAAUGACAUCAGGACUUGCAAUUUGAUUCCACUUCCACUCUACAACACUCAUUGUUCUAGGCACAAUUCUACUUCUCUUGACUAUAUACCAAUGAUGACGAGAUAUUAUUCGAGAAGGCACAUUUCAAGGCCACCACACACCCCCUGUACAAAAAGGACUUCGAUACGGAAUAAUCCUUUUCAUUACAUCAGAAGUCUUUUUCUUCCUGGGCUUUUUCUGGGCCUUCUACCACUCAAGUCUAGCCCCCACCCCUGAAUUAGGAGGUUGCUGACCCCCCACGGGCAUUUCCACCUUAGACCCCUUUGAAGUCCCCCUACUCAACACAGCCGUUCUCCUCGCAUCAGGGGUAACAGUCACCUGAGCCCACCAUAGCAUCAUAGAACGAGAGCGAAAACAAACUAUUCAAUCACUUACAUUAACAAUUCUCCUAGGCUUUUACUUUACAUUCCUACAAGCCAUAGAAUACUAUGAAGCCCCUUUUACAAUUGCAGAUGGGGUCUAUGGUUCAACCUUCUUCGUAGCUACAGGCUUCCAUGGCCUACACGUCAUCAUUGGCUCCACUUUCUUAGCCGUAUGUCUACUUCGACAAAUUCAAUACCAUUUUACAUCUGAACACCACUUCGGAUUUGAGGCAGCCGCUUGAUAUUGACACUUCGUAGAUGUUGUCUGACUCUUCCUGUACAUCUCCAUUUACUGAUGAGGAUCCUA